UCACGAUAUACUGUAUAAGUUUGUGUUGCUGCUGCGGACUGUCAGGAGAAGGAAUGUGGAAUAGGAUGAUCAUGAGUUUAUUUGCAUAGGUAGUGCGAUAUACUGCCUCCGUGACAUCGUGUAUUUUGUGCUGUAGAUAUUACAUGCAAAUCGGGAAACUGAUCAGAUCCUCGUUUUCUUGUAAAUGCGCUGUUAUAUUGUGUCCUUCUCGUGUCUGUAUUAAAAGGACUUGAGGAGAAAUUGUCAAGAUGGCAGCAGCAGCAAGAGAAUAGUAAUGUGCUGGCUAUAAUUGUUCUGCUUUCCAAUUUUUUUUCCUGAACAAUUUGCAAUCUUUAGGCAACGUGGAAGCCAUUACUUCAGAUCGUUGGAUAAACCCGAACCACCGCAGAGACAGAAGCUGCAAGCACAUAUUUCUGGAUGCUGACGCAUGUUUUUUUUUUAGAUUUGUACUUGUAGUUGCAUUGCAUCAGUACGGCGUGGGAUUCUCAGUUUUUACAUCCCAGAUUCUGUUCACUCAUUGGGCUGGUGGUUACAAAGUAGUGCAAUUUACAACAGAAGUAGUAUUGUGGCUGGCAGAAAAUAACCACAUAAAGCACAUAAAUACUUGUCAUAGCGGAAUAUAUGUUUGAUUUCCAAUUGGACUGGACACAAUCGACUUUACCUUAUCUGGUUUAAGUCACAUCAAUGAAACAGUAAUACUAUGACACGCGUGUUAAAAUGCCUGUAUAUUUACAUUCAUGUUGAUAAAUAAGUAAUGUCACGCUUUUUUUUAACUACAUAAAAACAAGUUUUUGGUGCACUUAAAUUUUCUUUUCUUUCUUUUUUUUAAAGGGAUUUUUUUUGUUUUAAUUUACUUUUGGAAGCGCAUUCAUGGAAAGUGACUUUGAUAGGAAUCUCAUAGUAAUUCAUUGACAGAUCAGUAUUGCCGCAAGAAACAGACCAGUGAUUGAAAACGAAAAUGGAAGAAGCAACCCCUGACCCUCUCGACUCCCUAGAAGUUGAAAUAGACCCCGAUUUUGAGCCUCAGAGCAGGCCGAGGUCUUGCACCUGGCCCUUACCUAGACCAGAGUCCAAUGUGGGCAAACCCGAAUCCACAGACAAUUCCAUCAUCCCGGAGGAGGAAGAUGACGAAGAGGAUACUACCAAUUCCAUGACCAUCAAUGCCAACGGCAGCCUUAGCAACACCAGCAUCAACGGGGAAGACCAACACAGCCCCAAUGUUCUCCUUGUGGAAGGAAUGGGUGCAGAGUCGUCUGCCCUGGAGAAUUCAGGUUCCCCACUUUCUUCCCAUUCACCCAACGCAAUUGGAAACGGUACCAGCGGCUUUGGGGGUUCCCAGCAGCAGAGGAAGGUGUCUUCUCGCCGGAAUGCCUGGGGUAACUUGUCUUACGCUGACCUGAUUACCAAAGCCAUAGAAAGCACGCCAGAUAAAAGACUCACCUUGUCUCAAAUCUAUGACUGGAUGGUCAGAUGCGUUCCUUACUUCAAGGAUAAAGGCGACAGCAACAGCUCCGCUGGGUGGAAGAACUCGAUCCGCCACAACCUGUCUCUGCACAGCCGCUUCGUCCGGGUGCAGAACGAGGGCACAGGGAAGAGUUCCUGGUGGAUGAUCAACCCUGAUGGAGGGAAGGGGGGCAAGGCUCCACGACGACGGGCCGUCUCCAUGGACAACAGCAACAAGUACACCAAGAGCCGGGGCCGGGCCGCCAAGAAAAAGGCGGCUUUGCAGGCUGCCCAGGAGGGGGGAGCUGAGAGCCCCUCCAACCAGCUCUCUAAGUGGCCUGGCAGCCCCACAUCCCGCAGCAGCGAUGAGCUGGAUGCCUGGACUGACUUCCGCUCGCGCACCAACUCAAAUGCCAGCACUGUCAGUGGACGCCUCUCGCCGAUUCUUGCCAACCCGGAACUGGAUGAGGUGACUGAUGACGACCCCCAGCUCUCCCCCAUGCUUUACUCCAGCCCCACUACCUUGUCUCCUUCCAUCAGCAAGCCCUGCCCUGUUGAGCUACCACGGCUGACAGAAAUGAACCUCAAUGACGGGCUUUCUGACAACCUCAUGGACGAUCUUUUGGACAACAUCAGCCUGACUCCUAUCCAGCAGCCAUCCCCAGCUGAUGCCGGCAGUGGCAGCAGCAGCAGCAGCAGCAAUGGAUCCAUGCAGAGGAGUUCCAGCUUCACCUACAGCACCAAAGGCACAGCUCUGGGCUCUCCUUCUGGCAGCUACAGCAACUCAAUUUUUGGCCCUCCAUCACUCACCACCCUACGCCAGGCACCCAUGCAGACCAUCCAGGAGAACAAGCAGGCUACCUUCUCCUGCAUCUCCCACUUUGGCUCCCAGACCCUGCAGGACCUUCUUAGCUCCGACUCACUCAGCCACAGCGACGUUAUGAUGACUCAGUCGGACCCGCUCAUGUCGCAGGCCAGUGCCGCUGUCACCUCCCAGAACUCCCGCCGGAAUAUCAUGCUGCGCAGCGACCCAAUGAUGUCUUUCACCGCUUCCCAGUCCAACCAGGAAAGCCCAGUCAACCAUGGCAGCCUGCUCCUCCACCAGCCCCAAUCUCCAAACUCGUCGCUAGGGGGCAGCCAGGCUAACUUGUCUCACACGGUCAACGGGGGCAUUGGCCUAACUAACGAGACCAACAAUCUGGUUUCCAUCAAAUACCAGCUUCAGUCUCCCAGCGGUGGUAAUCAAUCUAUGCAAAUCGGCCUCUCUGACUCUUCCUUGUAUUCCAGCAUUAGCGGCAGUGGCAUCAACCUUCCUAAGAUGAACCAGGACAAGUUCCCCACCGACCUGGACCUAGACAUGUUCAACGGCAGCCUGGAGUGUGACAUGGACUCGAUCAUCCGCAGCGAGCUCAUGGAUGCUGACGGCUUGGACUUCAACUUUGACUCGCUCAUCUCUGCUCAGAAUGCCAACCUCAACGUGGGGAACUUCGUUGGUGCUAAACAGACUUCGUCCCAGAGCUGGGUUCCUGGUUGAAAAACAUCUCUUUCUUUAAAGAGUGCAGUUGGACAAAUCAGAUCCAGAAUGUGAUGGAAGACCCACCACAGUACCCUUUGCCAAAUCAACUGUCAGCACGACGUGGAUAGUAGUCUGUUUACAGAACACAAUUUCUGAGAAUCUUGUCAUUGUCCCUACGUAACAAAGAGACACAGUUAACAGAAAAUCUGUUAUUCAGUCUAAAUGAAGUUCCCAGCAAAAAAUCCAUAAAGCAACCUAUUUCAAACGUAUGCAAUCUUUGAGACAACCAGAAACAAAAACAUGCACCUACAGUAGAGAGAUAUAUUGCUAAAAGAAAGUAACUUGCAACUAUAUUGUAGCCUUUUACAGUACAGUAAUUUGUGUAAAAAAAAAAAAAAAACAAAAAAAACAAACUGUGCUGUGGUAUUACCUUAUAAAGUGGUUUCUGGGGUGUUUUAGUUCUUACUUUCCUCAUUUUUUUUUUGUGUGUGUUUAAUGUGUAACGUUUUUGUCAGCCGCAUUUUAACAAUUACCUUUGCACUCUGGCCAACUCAGAGAAGAGUGCAUUGGUAAAUUUAAAUGACAGAAGAAAGGAGAAAUCAAUGUAGUUGACUGGAUUGACCUGUCUUGCAAGCCUUCAAGACCUGGCGCCUUGAGAUUUAUUAUAAUGAAGUGAUGCAAGACCCAAGAAUGGAUUUAAUGGAGAACUUUUUUUGUUUUGUUUUGUUUUUUUUCAAAAAUGGUGCAUCCCUGUUUGAUAUUGUUUCUUUCAUUCUUUUUUUUUUUUAUUUUUCCCCUCGUGGUACAUCUUUCACAAGCACUGAAUUCAGGACAGAUUAUAAAUGUGUGUGUGUGUGUUACUGUACCAGUCUUGUCAAGGUUCUGUCUGGUCUAAUGAAGUGCUAAGGAAUGGGGACUGCCUGUAAUAAGGCUUUGCUGACUCAGUACAAUAUAAUAUGUAGCCAAAACCUGAUCUAGCGUUGAAUAUGAUGCUACACCUUGGAAGGUGCUAAACAGUGUUCGGUCUGUCUCGGGCCUGUUCUUUCCCAGGUGACCAGGUAGAUAUACUGAUUAACUAAAAAUAAAUGAGAGGUCACAUGACAGCGUUGGAUUAUAGUUUUCCGCCUGGAAGCCAUUCUAUUUAAAAAAAAAUGAUAAGCUAUCUUGUAUAUUGCCAAAUUACUUGAACAUGUAGGAGAUGCUGGCAGCCAAAUAUAUAACACAUAAAUAAAUAAAUAAAUAAAUAAACACCCAUAGUUUUAAUUGAGAGUUGACUUGUGUGUGAAUUAGGGACUUUCAUAUAUGCAACCACUCAGGGUGUUUCACCUGUGGACAUCAGCAGCAGUGGGGUUUUUAGCUUUUUUUCUUUUUAUUUCCAUUUAAGACAAAUAAGAAAUUAUAGUAAAAAAAUUAUAAAGUCUGCGUAUCUUCUUUUACAGAAGCAGACUGCCUUCCUGUAUGACAAAAACAAACAGAAUUAAGCAUAAAUCGAAAUGCCACAGACAUUUCUCUUCAUUUAUUUAUUUAUUUUUUUAACAUUAUUCUGUCCUUUAGCGUUGCGUUAUUAUGUAUCCGCCAGGAAUUUUUCAGAACUGACAUUAGCAUAUUUCACAGAGUAAAAUCUGGUGUCAUGUGUAAGAGGCAAAUAAAGAAAUUGAUAAAAAAUAAUGGCUGCCAGUAACAUAAACACAGCUCAACUUAUAGUGCAGCUCAGAAUUCCAAUCAUUUUAAACAUACUUCUGUGGAGUAGAUUGUGGAAGUUUCUUGUUUGAUAAGACAAUGUAAUGCGUAUUCUGUUUUAAUAUGAAUCAAAGGCAGAUCAUUAUGCAUGGCUGGUACGUAAAUGCAUUAGCAGUGCACCCCAAAGUGUAAUGCAUGACUAGUCUCCGCACUGAUAACCUGAGUGAUGUUGAAAAUACCCCCCCAACUCCUCUGUACCUCCAUCACUGACCCCAAGAGAAGUAGCAUUGAAGUAACACUUCACGACAUCAUGGCUUUUCCUUAUGAAAUCUUGUAACCUGUAACACUUGUUCCUUUUUAUAUAUACAAGCCUCCUCUCCCUAACUCCUACCUACCUUUCAUCUUUUUCAUCAAGCCAUUCACUGAACGUGUGCUUUAUGUGCUAAUGUGUGGGUAGAAUACUAGCAUAUCAACAAUUAAUGCGACUGUGGAAUUUAAAUUUUUUAAAAAUCAGUUUUGUUUUCAUCAGUUAUUAAGGUAGUAUAAUCCCAAGUAAGAGUCAAGAUUAGGAAAGGGGUGGGGUAGAGUUCCCAGCCUGUGUCAUGAGUACCAAACACAUUGCCAUCCUUUUUAUAUUGAAAAGGACUUAUUUCCACAAAGUUAUGUUUUAAAAAAGAAAAACACACGUUGGUUUCCUUUGAACAAUGGUGCUGUCUGGUUCAGUCGCUCCCAAUUCUUACCAAGGCUGAUUAUGUAUAAUGGUCACAUAGCCUUGAACAUACAGUCACAAGACUCCUAGAGGUCUAUUUAAUGAACUAUGAUGGAUCUUAAUAUACAGCCGCUCUAAAACUCAUAACCCUGCUCUAUCACAGGUUUCAUUCCAUGAUAUUUGUAUUACAUGUUGCUAAUAAUGGUGUCAAUAAAAUAUCCUGGGGGGAGGGGAACGGGCAGCAGGAUUCAUAAUUAUUUAAGCCGUGUUUGUGAUGCUCUCCAGUUUUAAGAGACCAGGCCUAGUUCUACACUUAAAAGCUGAUUCUAAAAAAACAACUGUAACUGGGGUUUAGGCAGCAGGAGAGAGUAGAGCAGGGUUUGUACUCGGUUGUGUGCCACAGAGGUGACAGCUCUAGGUCUCCAAGUGUAUUGUUCCUAAGGAUGUGUGCGAGAGCUGUCGUGGAAACUACCCAUGGGUUUACUUUGUGAUGUUAGGAAACUUUUUAUUAUGUAAUACAAUGAUUAGAAUUCAUUCUCUCUCUCUCUCUCUCUCGCUCUCGCUCUCGCUCUCGCUCUCUCUCUCUCAUUACAGGAUCAGGGACUGAAAUUAAGAUUUUAACAUUAACAUAGAAAUUAAUAAUGCUGCACAUCAGCAAUUCAAAUAAAUGCACUAUAAGCUUUGUCAGUGUAACAUGGUUCACGCAAAUGUUAAGAGCAUUGCUCUUAAUUACCAUGUUUAUUAAAAAAAUAUAUUAAAAAAAAGAAAAAAAUGACAAGAGCUGUCCUUAUUGUCCUUAGCACAAACAGGCUGCCGGAAAAGAGAAGAAUAUACUACCUUAAUAAUAAAUAACAUGUCAAACUUGAUUUAUAACCUUCCCCUUUUGAACUUCAGUAGUAAUUGCUUCUCUACUUGAUGUUAGUGGGUAUAUGUCCCAGUGUAUUCCAUUUUGAAUUGUAUUCUAGUUUGUAUAAGAAAUGGUGUGCAUGUAAAUAAAGCUCUGUGAAGCUCUA